AUGUCGCAAAACCAUCUCGAUCAUACGCCGUCCGAGGAUGCCACUUUACAGGCCCGGGGAUACAAACUUUUAAAAAAACUUGGAGAAGGCUCUUAUGCCAAGGUAUAUCUUGCGGAAUACAAGCCUGAACGUGAACCAGAAAGGCACAACACUCUCGCGUGUAAAGUAGUCGAUACUUCGAGCGCGACAGACGAUUUCGUUGAGAAGUUUUUGCCAAGGGAACUGGAUAUUCUCGUAAAGUUGAAUCAUCCGCAUAUCAUUCACGUGCACAGUAUUUUUCAAAGGCGAACCAAGUAUUUCAUUUUUAUGCGUUUCGCCGAAAACGGAGAUCUCCUGGAAUUCAUCCUUAAAAGUGGUUCAAUUGCGGAGAGCCAAGCCCGAGUGUGGUUCCGACAACUUGCGCUAGCGCUACAAUAUUUGCAUGAAAUGGACAUUGCCCAUCGGGACAUAAAGUGUGAAAAUGUACUGAUAACUUCGAAUUUCAAUGUGAAAUUAGCGGAUUUCGGUUUCGCUCGUUACGUUAUCGACGCUCGGGGCAAAAGAGUGCUGAGCGACACUUAUUGCGGAUCUUUGUCGUACGCCGCCCCGGAAGUGCUUCGCGGGUCUCCGUAUAAUCCAAAAAUUGCUGACAUUUGGUCGCUGGGAGUGAUACUUUAUAUAAUAUUGAACAGAAGAAUGCCUUUCGACGAUCCGAACAUCCAACGCUUGUGCGAAUUGCAGAUGAAUCGGCGCUGGAAAUUUCGGGGCAAAGUUGCGACCAGCCUGAGCGAGAGUGUGAAAAAAUUGGUGACCAAUCUCUUGGAGCCGGACGUAUCGAAACGAUGGAAGCUCGACCAAAUAAUCCACUGCGAAUGGAUUGCCUUGGACCCGAGACUCGUAAUCCUUACAACUGCCGAGCAAAGUGCCCUUAAUAACGCCAUUGAAGAGAGGAAAAAAAAUGAAGAGAAGUACCCAAAAAGGGAAACGAAGAAGGACAAUGUUCAUCGGCCACCGAAAAAUAAUUUAGUUAUUCCGGAAGCUAAACCCAAGAAAAUUGAACUUGAAGAGGUGGAGAAUAAUCCACAAAUUGUAUCGGAAGAAGUCACGAUUAUCAAAGAUGCUGCCAAGGAAACGACUUCGGUUGUCAUCGGAGGAGAACAUUACUUACGAAACCUUAAUGCUUCGGUAUGAAGCACCCAAAAAAUUGUAUAAUACAUUUGUAAAUAAAUAUUGCAUUUUAAUAAAAAAUCAUGCGUGUUAAGAAGAAAAAUUAUUUUGAGAAAGUGUUUUGAAACACGUUGGAGUGAAAAAAUCGAUAGCAUGCAAACUGUUGUGAGACGUCGGCAAUACGCUGAAAUUCUGCUCGGUACAAGCAUCCGGAAGUCUCAAACUUGAAUAACAACGAUGGCC